ACAGCAGCAGCGCUGCUGUGCUGCUGGAGCUGCCGGACGACUUAGCAGCAGCAGCAGCAGCAGCAGCAGCAGAAGCCCCGCCCGCGGACCCGCUGCAGCAAUUUGACACCGAAAAACUGCAGUCGCUGGAAGCUCUGCUGCACGAGCGGCUGUGCCCUCUGCCUCAAUGGGGGCCCCCGGGGGCCCCCUCACAGGCGCCCUCGAGAGGGGGGCCCCUCCCAAGCCCGCGGACGGGGGCCCCCACCGCGCUGCUGCCCCCCAGGGGGCCCCCCUCCUCCUUCUUGGGGCCCCUCCCUAAUGUGGGUGGAGAUGAUUUGAGGCCCCCCUUGGGGCCCCCCGGGUUGGGGGGCCCCCCGGGGGCCCCCGGGGGCCCCCCGGGGGGCCCCUGGGGCCCCGCGGGGGGCGGGGGGUCUCUUGUGGGCCCCGGCCAUCCUCUCUUUGGAGUGGAGGGAGAAGGCGGCAGGUUAGUCUAA